AUGCGAGUUGGUAGGAGAAUUCAGCUACCAAAAAGUGGGAAGAAGUUCUACGACAGAAUCAGGGCACUGGUCGUGGAUGAUGGGGUGAUUUAUGGAGCAUAUGGAUCAGAGUUGUACCGAAUUGGUGAGAAGGUGGAGCUGAUCUGUGGCCACGAUAAGACGGUUAGUUCUGUUUCAGUUGGUGGCCGAUUCCUCGUCUGUGCCUCCUACGAUUGCACUGCCACGAUCUUCAUCAAAAAUGGAUCAGUUGAGUUCCACGACACGGUCGAGGGCCCUGAGACUGAGAUCAAGGCGUGCUACGUUGGCGAUGGGCAGCUGCUGCUGGCCACUCGCGGCCAGGUCGUCUGGGUGCUCGAUGCAUCAAAUGGCUCCUUUGAGGUGACCAGAAUCAUCGAUGAUCACAGCCAGGACGUCAAGGGAGUCAGAAAGUGGGGUGGAAGAGUCUACUCGUGGUCGUACGAUAGGACGGUGAAGGAGUACGCUGGUGACGAAAUAGAACUGGUUGAUUCUGUAGACUGUGGUAGCAUAGUCUGGAACACCCUGUUUGUAGGAGACAAAAUGGUAGCAUUUCUCCAAAAUGGAUCAAUGAGGGUGUUUAGGAAAGCAGGUGGAUUCUGGCAGGUAGAAAGUGUGAUACCCGUUUCACACACUCCCAUUCUGCACAGCUGCCUCUCUGUCGAGCACUCUCUCAUUGCAGUUGUUGCAAAUGGAACUGUUCUGGUCAUUUUUGAUGAUGAAUUUAAUAUCAUCAACAGGUGUGAUCUGGGAUCCAGAAUUGAUUCAAUCUGUUUUUCAGGUGAAACAGUUCUAGUUGGAGUGGAUGGGUGGAUAUGGUACAUUGAUGAGGUAGUAAUUAGAGUUAGUGGUGGUAGUAAUUAG